AUGUUGUUUUUGAUCUUGAUAUAUUCAAUCCCUGUUCUGGCGAUAGCUACCGAAGAGACUGGCUCACUUCAAGUCGGAUGGCAAGGGGGCCCUGAUAGACGCGGCACCUGGGACAUUAUCCUGAGCUGUCUGACAACCAUUGUUGCCUGCACAUGGAGCAUCCAACACCUAAAUGUCCCGGGGCAGGCAGAUCACGAUGGAGCCAUCAGAGAAACCCUGCGAAGGCUGAAGUGGAUGGCAAUCACUGUUUUCUUGCCUGAGUUUAUUUUGGCACACGCAUUCUUUGAGCUCAUUUUGGCUGUACAAGGAACGGAGGACAUCAAGAAGUACACGGACAGGAAGGUUGCAAAAUACCCUUGGAUGAUCCGGCCACUCAUCCCCAAAUCAGCUCGUAGUCAGCAGCAAGAUGUCGAGACUGUCGAUGCCAAAGAUGGAUUGGAAUCCAAGAAAUCAAAAUCCGAGAAUCUUCCGAAGUCUGAAGGGCCCGGAGAACCCGACACCAAAGAAAUCCCAGACUGGACACUUGCGCACUCCUAUUUCGCAAAUAUGGGUGGCUUUCAUUAUCAAGGGAGCAUCCAUUUUCCCUUGACUGCCUCGCAAUAUGCUCAAGAAUACGAUAUUUACGAAAUGCCCAAAGUCACUGGAGAUGACAUUGCGGAUAAAAGCAAACUAGACUUCUUCGCGAAGGGAAUUGCGCUCCUGCAGAUAGCACAACUAGUGCUUUCUCUUAUUGUCCGAAAGACACAGAGCCUACCUUUCUCUCAACUGGAAGCUCUCACACUCGGUCUGGCUGCUUUUGGGAUAGGCACCUAUAUUGUAUAUUGGUAUAAGCCUCAAGAUAUCGGUGUUCCAAUAACAGUCUGGCAUAAGAAAACUAGCGCCGAGCCACUCAGAUUUAUAAGAAAUCAUGACAAUCUCUGGGAAAUUCUCACCAAUCACCGGAGCUCCCAUGAUGAUCAAAGAGUUGACCGCAUCAAGAACGACAAUAUUCCCGUAGGAGCAUCCAAGACAACUCAUGUGGCAAUUCCAACAUUGGCUAUCAUGUCGGCUGCAUUCGGAUGCCUCCAUCUGAUAGCUUGGAACUUCCAUUUCCCUACAGAGAUUGAAAAGACCCUAUGGAGGGUUGCCACAGUUCUCUCCAUCACAGUUCCUAUGACCGGUCUGGCGAUUAUUCCCCUAACGCAGAUUACCCUUCGGACAGACAGGACGCGCGAGUUUAUGUGUGGCUGUAUAAAUCUAUUACGGGAAAUCUCUUGGCAUUGUCGAGACUCUCUGUAUCAACAGGAUCUGUAUAAAGCAAAAACGAGGUUGGAAGACAUAUAUGCUGUUGUGGACAAAGAAAAGAUGGAACAGACACACUACAAAGAGAUCUUCUCAGAUAGAAUUGCACAUCCUGUUUUUCUGGAUUGCAUGAUCAGUUUCCUCGAAAAUGGACCUCACUCUAAGAGAGUUGGACCAGUCAGCCUACCCAGGAAUUUUCUAUCUGAUUUCAAAGAACUCGUGGAUUGUUUGAACGGAGAUGGUCCCAAAACGAAUAUUGACAACGCAAAGACCAACGUUUUCCCACGGACGACAUUGUUGCCCAAGUUUCGGAAGGAAUUCAACUUGUGCAUUAUAUACGCUACUAGUCUGGUAUACUGCCUUUCCAGACUAAUGAUCCUAGGGCUAGCAUUUUCUAGUCUGCGAUCUAUGCCAGAUGAGGUGUACAUUGAUACGUGGACAACGAAUAUCCCGGCUAUCUGA